UUUUAUCGACCUAAUUCAAUAUUAAUGCUGAAAUGGGGCGGCAGUGUCCCGGAUGUGACAUCUGGAUAUUGCAAAUGGCGAGUCCAGAGAUGGGAAGCCGGAUGGUGGAAGGGCCACGGUGUAACUGUAUCCACGGCGCUCCCGGAAAAAUGUCCAGACGGGAAUGAUGCUCGUCCUGACCUUCCAGGAACGAUGGUCCCGCUUGUCUAGCCGGUUGUACGUGGAUUUUUAAGGGGACGAUCGUGUACGGGGGGAAUUUUGGGUUGUGAAGAUGUCGGGGGAACACCAAAUGGUGGGACCUUACCGGCUGGAAAAAACACUGGGGAAAGGACAGACGGGUCUGGUCAAGCUGGGUGUCCAUUGUGUUACAGGCAAGAAAGUGGCAAUCAAAAUUGUGAACAGAGAGAAACUUAGUGAAUCUGUACUCCAGAAGGUGGAGAGGGAAAUUGCCAUCCUGAAACUUAUAGAACAUCCACAUGUACUUAGGUUGUAUGAUGUUUAUGAAAACAGAAAAUACCUCUAUCUAGUACUUGAACAUGUAUCAGGAGGGGAGUUGUUUGACUACUUAGUGAAGAAAGGACGUUUGACGCCAAAGGAAUCCCGGAGAUUCUUCAGACAAAUCAUCUCUGCACUGGAAUUCUGUCACAACCACUCAGUGUGUCACAGAGACUUAAAACCAGAGAAUCUGCUCCUGGAUGAGAAGAACAACAUUCGAGUCGCUGACUUUGGGAUGGCUUCCUUACAAGUUGGUGACAACAUGCUGGAGACCAGCUGUGGGUCACCACAUUACGCAUGUCCAGAAGUGAUCAGGGGAGAGAGGUAUGAUGGGAGAAAAGCAGACAUCUGGAGCUGUGGAGUUAUAUUGUUUGCAUUGUUAGUGGGUGCCUUGCCAUUUGAUGAUGAUAACUUGCGGACGUUGUUAGAAAAAGUAAAGAAGGGAGUGUUCCAUAUACCACAUUUUGUUCCACCUGAUUGUCAAAAUCUGCUGCGUGGCAUGAUUGAGGUGGAUCCUGUGAAGAGAUUAACACUUGAACAAAUACGCAACCACCAAUGGUAUUUAGGUCCAGAUAUGACUGCUUGUAGUGACCCGAAUCAGUCGCCAAACUUCUUCGAUCAGUUGAAGCUGUCUUUGGUGGAGGCCUUUAGUUCUAAAAAUGCAAGGGGCAGCAGAGAUCCAGACCUUGAGAAGCUGCCCAGACAUCCGUCAGUGGAGCUACGUCCGAUCCCGUCGAUGGAGGACAUUGACCCUGACGUGCUGGCCAGUAUGAACUCGCUUGGCUGCUGGAAGGACAAGAACAAGCUCAUCAGGGACCUCCUCAGUGAAGAGAAGAACACUGAGAAGAUAGUGUACUUCCUACUACUGGACCGGAAGGAGAGGAAACCCAGCUAUGAAGAUGAAAACGAGAUUCACAUACGCAAUAGGUGUCCAUCAGAUGAUCCACCCAGAAAGAGAGUGGACUCUCUCUCGUUGAACGGCAGGCGGCGCCCGGAGCGCGGCCUCUCCAUGGACGCGUUACACAACGGUACAGGCUCUCCGCCCAUGUCGGCGAGACGAGCCAUUGAAAUUGCACAGCAGGGCCAGAGGUCCCGCAGUUUGUCGACAACUCCCAUGUCGUCCCCCUACCACAGUCCCAAGGUCACUCCGCAGCACACCCCACACCACACACCAAAGGGAAGUCCUCUCCACACCCCCGUCCACACCCCACGGAACCUCACCCCCACAUCCAGCCCCACCCCCACGCCACCGGGCAGCCCAGGGAUGGGCGGCCAGGCUGAGUGGAAGAGGAGGUUAACCACCAUCAAGAACAGCUUCCUGGGAUCCCCUCGCUUCCACAGGAGGAAGCUUCAAGUUCCAAGUGCAGAAGAGAUGUCUCUGACGCCAGAUAGCUCGCCUGAGAUGACGAAGAAGUCGUGGUUCAGCAGUCUGAUUGGCUCGGACAAGGAGGAGACGAUUUUCGUGGUCAUCAAAGAUCGGCCAAUCAGCACCAUCAAGGCUGAUAUAGUCCAUGCCUUCCUGUCGAUGCCCGGGUUGACCCACAACGUGGUGUCACCAACGAGCUUCAAGGCAGAAUACAAGAACGCAGGUGGGACCUCCUCCAUGUUCAGCAAGCCUGUCCGCUUCCAGGUGGACAUCACACCGUCCGAGGGCGUGUCCGAGAAGCAGUCGGCGAUCUACUCCGUUAGUUUCACACUCAUCUCAGGCCCAAGUCGUCGGUUCAAGCGAGUGGUGGAGCUCAUUCAGCAGCAGCUGCUCAGCUCCCCUACGCCCCCCACCCACACUUCCCACUCACGGACGUACGAUGAGGUACCCAAUGACAGGUCACCGACUGGCAGAUACGAGCAGUUUGGUCCCUCAGGAUACGCAGCCCCCGCGGGGGCCUACCCACGUGCACCUGGCACACGGAGGAAAUCCUUCGAUUCGGCAGCAAACUAUGAAAAUGAAGUUUUUGACUCAGACCUGCAAUUUAGUCCACGACAUGGUAGCCCACGUCGAGACACGGCAAAACUCAUUGCCAACGGCCAGCCUGUUGGAAGGAGGCGCUCUUCCAGAGGGACAGACCUGGCUGCUGAUUUCCGAAGAGAAACAAACUUAUGACUCUAACUGCAUUUGUCCCUAUGUUUCCUCCAAAGUAAGCCAUAAUGCACGGCCUAGUUAAGACAUUGCUGCCAGAAGUCAUCACAUUUUGCACACACAUGGUCUGCCUUGGCCAGUAGUGGUCAUAGCAUUUACGUACUAACUUACUGUACCAGCCUAAACACAUGUUGGUCCUGGCACUGUCAUAGGACUUGAAGCUGGUACCAGGGGCAGGAUGGAACUAUUCACUACCUGGGCUAGAUCAAUGUACAUGUAGACAAGAAUAACCAGUCUGAACUGCACCAUGCUGGUAUUGUGCACGGAUGGAAAAGCAGUUCAGGACAGCACUAGUCUGGAGAGCACCUGUGUGGACAGCACCUAUCCAGAUCAGUGCCUGUCUGAACUGGUGCUAGUCCAGUCCAGUGCCUGUCUGAACUGAUGCUAGUACGGUCCAAAGCCAGUCUAAGCUGCACGGUGCUAGUCCGGUCCAGCAUAAGUCUUGACAAGUGCUAGUGUGAAAAAGAUACAGGCUGUUAUGAGCAAAUAGAGUGGGGUAACUUCCAUUACCAAACAAAUAGUUACGGCUGGUCAGACAGGUGGUUGCCAGAUUCUCUUACAUAGCAUAGACGAAGCAAUUAUUUUGCUAGUAAGGUUAGGGUGGUACCACUUUUGCAAUAUCACAAAUGGAACAUAAUGUAAGUAAUGAAGAAUAUCUUGCUGAGCCCCAGUAUCUUCCCUCCCCUCUAGCUGUCCUGACAAUGCUGUAUGUAAAUGCACUAGCCAUCUGAUAUGUGAAGCUGGCUAGUCUUCUCCCCUUGUGCAGACCAUAUGAUAGCUAGUCUAAUCUUGCCCUCCCUGCCUGGCCUUUACGCUCAUGAUGUGCUGACCAUGAGAACUGUGGACUCUAGGACUGGCAUGUGUACAAGCCAUAUAAAUGGUAGCAUAGUAGGAAAUCUCUUCUUGUAUUUAUUCCUGUGAAACAAAGGGAAAAGGUAUGUAUACCCAAAAUUUCUUGUCAUUUCCUACCUCACUGAUGGGACAAACGAGCCAGGCACACAGACUUCCAAGACAGAAGACAAGUCAUAUCAUGGGACCAGGGUUCAAACUUCACUAUACAUGAAUACUACCCAAGAUGCACUGUGUAUAUUUAGCUCAACCUCGCCCCCCCCCCCUCCCCCAUUUCACCAGUGACCUAUACUUACAAUUAGAUUUACUUCUGCAUGUGAAGUGUCGUGUAUGGGACAUUUACUGCAAUUUUAUAAAUUUUGGUGCAAUCUUUUAAGCAAGUAAGUUUUAGGAUAAUAGAGACAUAGGAAGACUCUUUGAGUGGGAGGUUUUCAGCUUGAGCUUUGAUAGCUGUGCCAGGUAGAGUUAAGUCAUUUUUUAAAGUUUAUUUACAUGUUGUAUAUACUGUUUACAUCUGAUGUCUGUUAGUGAAAGAUGUCAAAGUCAUUUGACAUAGAUAAGGUCAUUGGACAUCUAUUUGUGAGAAAUAAUUAGUCUACAGCUAUAAUAUAUUAUUAUUAUUUAUUGAAGAAAAGUAACAUUAUUUAUUGUGAUUUUUUGAGUGCUUGAAGUGAAUAUAUUUAUCUAAGUUAUUAAGUUCAACAAUUUUGCAGUGAAGCAACUUUUUUGUGCAAUAAGUUUUGAAUUGUGAGAACUAACUUGCAAUGGGCUUUUUUCCCAUUUAAGGGCAGAAGUCAUGAAACCUUCAGUGUUGACGAAUUUUGUUCUCAGUCUUGAAAUAUUUUCAUUCUUGCCUUCAUUUGGAUGUCAUUCUAGCUUCUUUUUUAUUUCUAAUUCUUUUUUUUUAUUAAUGAAUAUCAUUUUUCCCUAUUGUUGUGUCUAUAACGGCAUUAUGAAAUGAGUUACUAGGUUGACCAAAGUGUUUUCCUGACUUUUUCUGCAUAUAUCUCUUAGAGUUUAAGUGGUCCCAACCAAAGUAUUAUCAUACUAUUUCUGAGACAGUUGAACUGGAUGGGUGAACUGGGUGAACUUUUUCCCAAAAGUCACUGACCAGCUCUAUUUUUGACAAUGAUACACUUGCAACACUUACAUGUAAGUGAACUAGAGGUGGCAAGUACUUAGUUUAAGUGUGGUAGAGUUUGAUGUUGAUUGCAUGACAGUGCAAAUGAGAAAAUGCUCGCUUCUAGCUGGAGAAGCUAUAAAAAUGCCCUAAAGACCCUUUUCAGCAUGACGUUACUUCUGUUCUAGCCAGUCCUCUUGUUGUUUGGUCCUCUCUGAUACUGUUGGUUUUCUGGAGAAGGCUGAAGUGUCAGAUUGACCUAGUAGAACCCAAAUGACGUCAUGAAAACAACACCAUGAAAUGGGUCUGUAGUGGUCAAAUGUAGUAGCAAGAAGCAGGCUGUUAGAGUGGGAUUAGCCGGCCUCUUUGCAAAGUUGUACAAACAAAACUCAAGGUUAAAUGAGGUCCCAUUUCUCUCCUCUUAAGUCCUGAAAUGUCCUCCUCUGCAGGUGAAACUAUGACGUAUAAAACUGUUAUAUGAAUGUAAGAUAAGUGACAACUCUAUCACAGCAAGAGGAAGAGUUGUUUGAACUGUAGUGUUCAUGUUACUCCAUUAUGCUCAUGGGGUACCAUGCAUGUUUUACAGUUCAGUCGAUUAUUGGUUAUAUUCUAGUUCAUGUCAGCUUAAUUGUCUGAACUGCUGACUUCAAAAUUAGGAGCAGUUCUUUCUUCCAACCUCUACUGUAAUGGUACCUUCCAAAUUUCUGUCAACUGUCUGUUAGAGUCACACAUUUCUGGGCUCGUCCACUGUCUGAAAAGGUAAAGUAAUUUAAAUACAUAAUGUAGAGAGAAGGUUGCUAGGGGGCAUGCAUUAUGUAGAGAUUAGUAAUGGACACAGAAGUACUAUAGUUAGGAGGAGAACUGAUGUGUGGAGAUGCCACCUUUGAUGAGACCUGUAUUCUUAGCUUAACGGUUAAUCUUAUUUGGGUAGAGCACUAUCUUCAAUACCCACAAAGCAUUUUAAAGUCAUGUAGGUCUUAAAACUUAUUUCAAUGUACUAUAAACUGGAUGUAUGAACACAGACUCAUGUAAAGAUGAACUAGAUAAUGCUCUACCCUUGUUAAUUGUACCAUAAGAAAAAAGAACAAAAGUUCAGUGACUAUGCAUCAUGUUUUAAAAUGUAGUGCGCACCACGUCUUAAUAUAAAUAGGUACUGGAGGUAAGAAGUAAACUAGGUUGGGGAUGGAGCAAUAGUGAAGAUGUCUGGCUGUACAUCUGUACAGACAUGUUCACCAUGAAACAUCCAAUUACAAAAAUAAACCUGGACAAUGUUUUCUUGAACAGUUGAUCACUCCUUUCUGUUGUGUGGUGUCAUUCUUGCUUACUGUACACUAUAAUAGAAGUUUGACAGAUAGUAAAUGUAUGUGGAGAAGUCCUGGAAUGUGUAUUCAAGGCUCCUGAGAACAAAAAGGAAAGGCUCUUCCAUCCACAUACUUAUGGCUUGAUAGU